AGUAGUUGUUAGUCGGGGAACAGAUUAUAUUAUAUGUAUAUAAUAGACUAUAUAUUUUAUUCACAAACGUCGGCAGCAUGACCUCAUGACAAGCACGUUGAUUUGUUUUUUUUUUUCGGUUUUUUUUUUCCGACUUCGCAUUUCUCGAUAUUUUGUUUCCUCCCGUAGUGCCCAAGUGGUCCCUCUCGUUGACUCGUCGGUCUUCACUCUACAGUCAUCUGUCUGUCGCACCUAUAGGCUACAAUACUCUUCGAUUAUCAUUUUGUCCGAAGUUUCCGCCGCCGUCUGAGACGCGCUCGUGUCGUCACUAAUAAUAUUAUUUACCACCAUCGUGUCGUCGUCAUUAUUAUUAUUAUUAUUAUUAUUUAUUAUUAUUAUUUUUAUUACUAUUGUAUCCGCCGUGUAGUAGUAGUAGCAGCAUCAUCAGCAGUUGGUCUUGAGGAAUCGACGCCGCAGUAAAACAGUAGCCGGAGUAUAUUUGCGGAACAUACAACCCUGUGCUGCUUGCGCUUAAUCGUCUAGAGGUAACAAUGUUAUAUUGUUACCGAUUUUUACGUGACUAGAAGCAAUGACUUUUCCACGUGUCCCUGUCACUUGAAGCGCGCUGACAAUGGACAAAAACGUUGUGGUUGAGGACGACAUCAGCUCGUUGAUCGGACAUUUCGCAAAGGAGACGUUUAAAUGCACCAACAGCGAUUCGUUCGGUUUGGAUGUUAUGGAAAAAUGUUUAAAUCUAUUGCGUCUGGACUACAAAUUUAUGAUUAUUGAUAAUAGCAAAGGGCGUAUUAAUGAGCAAUAUCCGCAUAAAAUUCCAAUUUUACAACAUGAAAAGUUUCCAAGAGGUCCAAGAACUUCAUCUAGUUCUGUUGAUGACAAUUCACCAAAAGGAAAUUGUAAUAGAAAAAGAAACAGUUUAGGUGCUCCUUCACCUAGUAAUCAUUCAUCUCCAGAACCCUUUGUGCGAUCUCAAUCACCAAGGCUUAGUAGCCCAAAAAAAUCUAGUGAUAUAGUUGGUACUGAUGUAGUAUUAAUUGAUACUUUGAUCAAUGAAGCCAAAUUUGCACGAUGUCGCAACCGCUUUGUUGUACCGGUUAUAUUAUACCAAGGACGAUAUAUUUGCAGGUCUUCAACAAUAGCAAGAAUGACCGAAAUAGGUCUGGGAACUGCAACAGCAAAAGGUCUGUCUUUUGAAGAAUUCCGACAAUUGGAUAAAAAAAGAAAAUGUGAUGUAGAAUUACUUAAUGCUUGGAAAGUAGGAACUAUUAUUGAUUUAAUGGUUGAAAAUGAAAAGCGGAAAUUUGCAGUAUCCCUAACAUCUUCAGAAAAAGUAGACGAUACUCAAAAAUAUGCUGUGUUCCGUAUUAUACCUACUCCAUACCCAGGAUGUGAAUUUUUCCUUGAUUUUAAGAAAAACAAUUACAACUCUGAAGGUCUAAUGUUUAAUUGGUCUGAUCCGUAUAUUAAUUCAACACUUAAUGUGAAACCCAAUCCUGCUGUUGAUCAAUUGGAUAUCCAAUGGAGUAAAUACAAGGAGUGGGACUUGCGGCAAUUAACAGAAAACUACUUGAGUUUGAUGUUAAAAUAUGUUUGGUGUUCAUCAAAAGGAAUAUUAAUCCAUUGCAUCAGUGGUUGGGAUCGUACACCUAUGUUUAUAUCACUAUUGAGAAUGUCCUUAUGGGCUGAUGGUGUUAUCCAUAAAUCAUUAUCUCCUAGCCAGAUUCUUUAUUUAACACUUGGGUACGACUGGUAUUUAUUCGGACAUGACCUUGAAAAUCGUCUUGAAAAAGGAGAAGAUAUAAUGCAUUUUUGUUUUCAUUUCCUCAAAUACAUUUUUAGUGAUGAUUUUAAGACACCUACUAAGGCUUCCGCAGUUACGGCACCAAGUAGUCCUAAAUAUUCCUCAUACAUGAGUGAAUUUGAUUUAACUGAUUUGGAUCAAUUGGAUAUUCGUUCACGAAAUAACAGUAAUGGCAGUAAUGAAGAUUUAACAAAUGGUAAGUCCUAUGAUAUGUUGGAAGAUAAUCAUUCGCAAUUUGAUUUUGAACAAACAACAACACCUAAACUAAAAACAAUAAAAAAACCGGCAGAGAAAUUUUUUAUAAAAGAAACAAUAUAUGAAAUGGAAGACAUUGAGGACAUUGAUGAUGAUGAUUUUAUUAUGUCUGAUGAAGUAGAAACGAAACGAUACAAAUGCUCAUCUCCUCGCAGACGACAUCGUUCAGUUAGGUCUCCAGAAUUAGAUUUUGAUUAUGACGACUGUGAAAUCCCACCCAAUUUGGAGAGAACUAUGCCAGUUGAUAUGCCUACUUCACAUAAACAUAUAAGAACCUAUUCAAAUUCAAGCGAGACUGAUGAGUGGUCAAUGGUAACUCAAACCGGUAGCUUGAAUGGUAAUGAUUUGUCUGAGAAUAGAUUUCGACCUAUUUCAUCACGAGAAAACAGAUUAUCUGCUGUUAGAGAAUUGUUCCAUAAAUGUUACAGUACAUACGGCUACAAAACGACCGGUCCAGAAGGUAUUCUUAGCAAAUUAUUGUUUUGAUAUCAGACCAUAUGUAUAUAUAAAUUACAUUUUAUUUUCAACGGUACUAUUUGGAAGAUAUAUUGUGAAUAGGGUUAAUUAGCUUUUUAUAUAACAUGAAUAAUAUCUGACGUUAAUAAUACUUUUUUUUAGUUUGUUUGAGCACACCCAUUUAAUGCUUUUACCCUAAAUUAAUUUGUAUUAUAUUACAAUCUGGCAAUAUUAAAUACACUGGAAAAAAACAAACCAACUAUUCAAUAUUAAUUCACAUACAGCAUAAUAUGCAUUACUUAAUACUUUUACUUUAUAAAUAAUUCAUACGGAUAAAUCAGCCCUUUCUAUUAUUUGUGUAUCAACAUUCCCAAUAGGUUCACAUUAUACAUUUUAUAUGCAUAUAUUUGUAUAGUUUAAAUAAUUUAUAUUAUUAUAUUUGCUUUUGAUAGUUAUAUUAUCUCAUAGCUGAUUACCACACCCAAUAAUAUUAUAUUACAUGUAAGGUAGAACAUUUUCAAUUUUGUUUUACAUAAAAAAUUAUUAAUACAGAGAAAAUGUGUCAUACUAUUUUCUAACAUAAAAUGUAUUUUAAUUUAUUUUAGGUACAUAUAUAGGUAACCAUAUUGUGUGUAUUAUCACAAAAUGUUAUUUAUAUUGCAAUAACUUACAAAGAAAACAAAGUAGUAAAUUAAAAUUUAAUGUACUCAAACUAAGGGUAUGUGGUAGUAAAAUUAGAACUUUUUUCAACACUCAAUAUCAGAAUGAUGUUUCAUAUUUUCUAAUUUUAUGAGUCAGGCGAGUAAACCCUAAUCUGGGAUUAUGGUGCUUUCAACUUACAUUUUACCUACAUUUAAUUAUCACUAAAUAUAUCGCUCAACUUUUGUUGUAAUACAUCAUAAUAAUUAUAAUGUGUUUAUAG